GCUUCGCCAUGAUGCAGAGGAUGCACAGGAUCAUGGAAUCGCAGACAUGCAAGGUAGAUAUACCGCUGCGUAGUUUGUCAUUUCUGUGUCAAAAUCUGCCUUGACUCGCGAGUCGUCCUGCUACGUCUUGCGACUCUUUUCAGCGAACAUGUGUACAUAGUCACCCUCGGCGAAGUGCGAACAGUACAAAGUAAACACAGGCACUGCUUGUUCUUGUUACUCGUACACUGCUAGAAAUGUAAAUAACGAGGGUCCACGUGAUUACUUGAAGAAAAUGCCGGUCGACCUAAACCGCCUUGCGGAUGGUUGGCUUCAGCUAGAAAGCGAUCCAGGACUGUUCACUCUUCUGCUGGAAGAUUUUGGUGUCAAGGGUGUCCAAGUAGAAGAAAUUUACGACCUUCAGAAGUCAAUCGAAGGACCCGUCUAUGGCUUCAUAUUCUUGUUCAAAUGGAUAGAGGAAAGGCGUUCCCGAAGAAAAAUUGUUGUGCAAGGAGAGAAGCAAGUUGAGAAGGAAGAGAUAGUUAACUCCAUCUUUUUUGCACAUCAGAUUGUGCCUAAUUCUUGUGCAACUCAUUCCCUCCUGAGCAUCCUUCUCAACUGUUCUAAAAUCCACUUGGGAUCGACGCUGACAAGGCUGAAAGAACACACGCAGAACAUGUCACCCGAGAACAAAGGGCACGCCAUUGGCAACACUCCAGAGCUCGCCCGUGCACACAACAGCCAUGCCAAACCGGAACCACCCCAGGAGAAACCCCAUGGAGUGCCCACGGGACGUACCAUGGAGGCCUUUCACUUUGUUAGCUACGUCCCUAUUGACGGACGUCUCUAUGAGCUAGAUGGCCUCAAGCCCUACCCCAUUGACCAUGGGCCUUGGCAGCAGGGACAAGACUGGACAGAUAAGUUUCGUAGGGUGAUAAUGGAACGGUUGGGAGGUGGUGACAUCCGCUUCAACUUGAUGGCUGUGGUACCCGAUCGGCGGCAGGCAUAUGAACAGAAGCUGAAGACCUUGAAGACAAAUCGAGCCAUUGUGUUGGAAGCUCUUCAGCAAAUGAUGCGUGACCAACCAGCUAUGGAUGCCCAUAAUUAUGCCAAGAGUCCACUGAUGGAAGCACACUCCCCAGCGCCUAGCACGUCAUCCUCGAGCACAGACACUGCCUCUGAGGCAGGCAGUGCCUUCAACUCCCCAGUCUCUCCCCCUCCUGAGGUGGAUCGUCUCGUGGCUGUGCGUUUUGGAGAAGAGCAUCCCUUUGCACCCCACGACUUGCUGGCUCUUCUCAAGACAGUGGAAGCGGAGAUCUGUGCUUGUGAGAGUGCCCUCAAAGAUGAAAUUGAUAAGAGACGAAAGUAUGUGAUAGACGACUGCCGAAGGGCUCACAAUUACGACCAGUUCAUCUGCACGUUCUUAUCCAUGCUGGCGGAACAGGGUAAGCUGGCAGAUCUUGUGGAGCAGCAGCUACAACAAAAGCGCAGGCCAAAGAGGGUUGACCGCAGGCCCAGGAGGCGGUGCUGACUUCAUUGCAGAUGACUAUGUACAGGAGUCUGAUCUUUAUACAGAUGUGUCAUUGCUGUCCCUGCAAGUGAAAAAGCCACGCUAUGUAGACCCCCAGUGGUUACCCCUGUAACACACAGCAGACGACCAUUUCAAUGCUCGCUACAGAAUCUAAAUGUUGUGAGGUUAUUUAACCUUGAGGAAAUCAUUCAAGCAUACUGCAUGGACUCAGGGCAUGUAUGAAUGUAUGUUUGAGAAAAAUAAAAUGCCAUUGAAUUGGAA